AGUACCUUAUUAAGCAAAAAAAAAAAGUAAAAAACAAUACUCAUAUUGCUUUUAGUAUACUGUGUUUUUUUGCUAUUUGUAUUUUUCUUAUUUCAAGAAUCUGUUUAUAUAUAUAUAUAUAUAUAUAUAUUGGCCUAUCCCUUUUUUCACAAACUUAAAUGGUUCUUGUUUUAGUUACUUUUUAGUUCACUUUCAUUUUUUUUAGCUACAUAAUUUUAUUACUUGUUUGUAUAUGUAUAUUUGAUUCUUGAUUCUUGAAUUUUAGUGGGGUCUUUUCCUUUUCUUGAAAUUUUGCCUACAUAACUUUUUUUUUUGUGUGUGGUUAUCUUGCUAUAUUUUCUUCAUUGUUAUCUUGUUUUAGUUACUUUUAGUUCAAUUUUAGUUAGCUAUAAUUUUAUGACUAUUUUGUAUAUGCAUAUAUGUUUCUUGAUUCUUGAAUUUUAGUAGGGUCUUUUCCUUUUCUUGAAAUUUUGCCUACAUAAUUGUUGUUGUUGGUUUUUUCUUUAUUAUCUUGCUAUAUUUUUUUUACUGUUUCUUUCUUCGUUGUACUUGGAUUUGCUGCACUUGAGUCGAGGUCUUUCGAAAACAGCCUCUCUAUCUCGCCAAGGUAGUAGAAUUCUUAAAUGGAGCGGCGUGGAUAGUGAGGAUUCAGAUAGCUGACGUCAACUUGCUUGAGAUUGAGGCGUAGUAGUAGUAGUAGUUGUUUUAGUAAUAAAGGGAAAAAUUAUGGAUCAUAGAGGUCAUCAGAAGCAACAAAUGACUUCUGGUUUAACUCGAUAUCGAUCCGCGCCAAGUUCUUGUUUUACCAGCCUAUUGAGUAGUAAUAAUCCAGCUGGUGUUGCUGGUGGGGGUGGAAAUUGUGGUUAUGCAAGAGACGACUUUGAUCAGUUUCUCAAUCCUCGCGGUUCGAAUAAUGGUAUAAAGCAAGUUUUUGAUAGAUUUGUAGCUAAUAUUGGUCCUCAAGAUUCGAAUCCCGAUGGCCUAAUGAGUGAUUCUCAACAAAUUAAUCAAAAUCCCAUGAGCAAUAUGAAUGUUAGAUCUGAUGUUGUAGCUCCUAUGAAACAAGAACACGACGCUCAGCACCAGCAGCCAAUGAAUUCACAGUUUAUUGCACCUGUGAAACAAGAAAUUACUCAGCAGAGUAGCGAUUAUUCGUUGGCUUCGCAGAUGAAUUAUCAAACUCAAGCUCAACAAAAUCAAAAUGCAACAGACUUUAGUUUAGCGAUGGAUAGCUUCUGCCGGUAUUUAGAUUCAGUAGAUACAAAUCGUUUUAACCAGACGGAAAUGGAUGGUGGAUUUGGUGUUGGUACUAGUAACUCGAAUCUUACUCGUUAUAACAGUUCGCCUGCUGGUUUCUUCGCACAAGUUAAUAUUGAAAAUGAAUAUGGUGCAUUGAGAGGCAUAGGGAGUUAUGGAACGGUUAGUGGUAGUAACGCUGCUGCUGAACAAGCAUCAUUUUCCAAUCCUAGCAGGUUUAGCAGUCAAAAAUCGGGACAACCUAAUUCUUCGGGGCUAUUAGCUCCAAUCUCAGAACUUGGAGCUAAAAGCAUAGAAGAGAGCCGACAAAGCGAUGAAGGUUUUGGUAAAGGCCAUAAAAAUGACGAGAGUUACAUGACAGGUUUCCCUAUGCCUUCUUGGGACGAUUCACAAAUUUUGACUGAUGAUUACCUACAAGUACCAGAAGAUGAUGAAGCCGGGCCAUUCACCAAUGUAAAUGCAUCUGAUAAUCAGAGUAGUGAAGGUCGAGCUUGCCCUCCCACUCUAUUGUCUCAUUUGAGUUUACCUCAAACCUCAGCGGAGUUAUCCGCAAUGGAGAAGCUCUUGGAAGAUUCAGUACCUUGUAAAGUCAGAGCAAAGAGAGGUUGUGCCACUCAUCCUCGUAGCAUCGCCGAAAGGGUAAGAAGAACACGGAUAAGCGAAAGAAUGAGGAAGCUGCAAGAGCUUGUUCCCAAUAUGGACAAGCAAACAAACACGGCGGAUAUGUUGGACUUUGCAGCUGACUACAUCAAAGAACUAGAGACACAAGUCAAGGCACUAUCGGAAACACGUUCAAAGUGUACGUGCUCGCACAAGUAGAAGACUACAUUCAAAAUGAUAAAGGUAGGACAAUGUUGUGCAUUGACAAUGGAAAUAGCAAACAGAUAGGUGUAUUCUUUUUGACACUUGAAAAAGGAAGAGAAUGGGUUGCCAUUUUUUGGUGUGUAAAAAAGAUAAAUGCAGAUUCAUCUGAUGUUAACAUCAUAACCUAACUGUACAUAAAAUUUCCAUUGUCCAUUGUUUUUUGCCUGUUGUGUUCUGUGAAAGGAAAUAGAAAGUUAGGUUGCUUUUUGGACUAUUUUUGUAAGAAGUUAGGUACUUUUGUUAUGAUGUGUAAAUGUGUUUGCUGCCAUUCAGAAGUCCAA